CAAUAAGAGGUGUGUCGCCCAGUCGGCGGAGUGAGCGACCGGGCGGGAGCCACGUGUGGCGGAUGUAUAUCUGGUUCUAUUGUCUGGGGUCGGGGACACAUGUUGAAACACACAGGGGCUGGCCUUCCACACAGGGACACAGUGCCCGGACAAGAACCCCAGGUUUUGGCGCUGAUGGCCUCUGCCGCUGUGAACACCGUCGGUCCAGCCAGAAAGCAGAACAAAUCCCCCACCAACUCUGUGCGCGAUGAUAACAGAUAGUAGAAUCCCUGUAAUAAUGUUCCCUUCGGAGAAUAUAAAUGUCAACUGAAGCAGCAAAUCUUCGACGUAAAAACGUCUUCUGGCAGCCAGCGUUCCAGCGUUGAAACUUGUAACAGAGACUUUUUACGUCUAUCAAUACGACCCUUGAACUGUAGCCGCAUUUCUACAUUACGUCAGCCCUUGUGGUGGAAAUUGUGCCUCAUACGCUGCGGUUAAUAAUCUCGAUGCAAGGACAACUGUACGAAGAAGAUUUAUAAAAGCUUCUUUAAUUAGAAACCUACAUAUACCUCAGCUGUGGAAUAUCACCAAGAUCACGUGGAAUAAGUGUACUGCCUAACGCCGGGAUACGUUCGGUGCACGUUAAUGGAAUAUUUCCCCCAUACAGACCACCGGCGUCAUUCUCUCUGUGGUGAUCAUCUUCUCAACUUGUGAACUACGUCAACAACUGUGUGAUCUAUAUUAUGUAAUAAUGACGUCACUACGGGACAUCAUCCAUGUGCUGAUAUCAGUGUUGUUGUUAUUAUUGGCGGUAGAGGGCGCCACAACCCGGAAGAAGACUAAAGACUCCGACGAUGUAUGGCUGUCUGAUUUGAUAGACUAUGACUACCUGGGAGAUGCCCCAGACGCAGGAAGUGACUUUUGCCCUCCGGUUCCAUCAGUGCUGCCUUCCGGUUCCUGUACCCAGACUCCCUGCAACUCAGAUCGCGCAUGCGCACACAUUAGCGGGAAAUGCUGCUACAAUGGCUGCAUCUACACAUGUCUUUAUCAAGUUGGUAUUCCAGGAUUUUUUGAUUGGUCAAAAGAGCCACGUCGACGUCUAAGUUCGGGUCGCUCCUGGCUUGUGGAUAGUCCGGACACAGUCAUUGAAGCUGAGCCGUGCAGUACAACUCCAGUAGAGGCUGACGAGGACCCCCUGUUGUGUCCCCAUGGUUACGUGUGCAGCAUUGAUGACCAGGGAAAUUCCAGAAAGGGAAUUCCCAACAGGGGGCGCUGUGUUAUGGAGAAUAACGAAAACGAGGACAACGCAGACCUCUCGACAGCGCGGCCGCCAGUACUCCCGCCGAGGAUUCAGCGUCAGAUGCGGAAAGAGAGGGUGUGUGAGGAGGAGAACGGAUUCCUGAUACUAGAGGGCGCCACCGUGAUGAGAAAGGGGAGACAAUGCAAGUGUAGAAGGGGCAAGUUGGUGUGUCCAAGGAGGAGGCAACUUCGUACAACACGAAAACCAAUAACCCAAAGGACGGAGGAAGUUUGAAGGUUCUGAAAUGUGAAAUAAACUGGGGUUGAAAUCGACACCGUCAUCAUGCAUCGCUGCCUCCUGUGCGUGUUGGACCAACUGGACUGAUCAUGAGUGAGUGAAUGAGUUUAAUUUUACGCCGCUUUUAGCAAUAUCCCAGCAAUAUCACGGCGGGGGACACCAGAAAUGGGCUUCACACAUUGAACCCAUGUCGGGAACCGAACCCGGGUCUUCAGCGAGACGAGCGAAAGCUUUAACCACUAGGCUACCCGACCGCCUCGGACUGAGAAUGAGACAUUAUUUGUUUCUUCGUGGACAAUGGGAAAACAUUGUGAAACUAAAUGUCCACAAGUGAUCAUACAAUGUACAUGUAUGUGGAAGACACAGACUGAUUGGAUAACGGUUUUUGAUGCGAGAUGAUUGUGCAUAUAUCAAAUGUGCUUUGAAUGUCAAAUGUAUCAAAAAAGGUAUCAAAAAAUAUAUUUAUUCACCUGUAA